AGCCAGACAUAGAGUGGAAGUGGGAUACAAUCUUCACCGAGGUAUCGUCGGACCUGAGGAACGAGUGGGACCCAAGUGACGAAUCUAGCGAGCGUGAAACAACUCCCUCAUAGUCUGCGUAGGAGACCUGCACUUCCAUCACCUUUUCUUUCAUCUCAAAACAAGCAUUUUCUUUCUGCAGUAUACAGAAUGUAGUUUACAUGUAACAAAAUAUCGUUAAGCACAAAAGAAAGUCACCAGCAUGCAGUGCAUUUCAGGAAGACUAAUCCUAAUGCUUACACACUACUUGAAAAGUGAAGUAGCUUAGUGAGCGUUAUAACAAUUUUAAGUAUGCAUUAAUACCCAAAAAGUGAGGUAGCUAAAUGAAAAUAGUACAAUUUUAAGUAUGCAUCAAUACUUUAAACUGAUUCAGUGAUCUUAAUGUAAUUGUAAUUUCUUAAGCAGUUUCAAACUGGCUGUGUAUCUUCAAGCUGUGGAACGCUCUUCGUGCAUUUGCAUUCACGUUUUUGUAAUUUGUAGCUAGGGAUACAAACCGGUGGCUUGUUCUGUGAAUUCUGCUCUCACAGCUUGCUCUGAGACCAGACUUCCCUGAAGACUGUCUAAAGCAACCAUGGUGUUACUAUCCAUAGGCCUACAAACCCCUUUCUUCACGAAUUAGCAUGUUCUUCAUGAACUGGUCCAGAUUCUCCUUGUAGACCUCUUCACCCAUAUUUCUUACAUCUGGUAGAUGUUGAAGAUAUUUACUAACUCUGUAUUAGUGGGAGAUGUUAAGAGUUAACAAAAUUGUUUUACAGAUUCUAGUCAAUGAAAAUAACAAAAAGACAUAAUACCGUGACUGGAACAAUACACAAAUAACCCGCACAUAGGAGAGAGACACUCACGAUGAUAUUUUAGUCCGACUUGGACCAUUAAUGGUCCAAUUAACAAGUUAAUCCAAUUAACUGGUUAAUGGUCCAAUUAACUAGGUAGUUAUCCAGUUAACUAGUUAAUGGUCCAAGUCAGACAGAAAUGUCAUAAGUUUGUUUCUUCUAUGUGUGGGUUAUUUUGUACUAAUCACUGAGUAUGAGAUUUCCUAAAUGGAAUAAUAGUUGUAGGUAUAUUACAAGGAGCUCCACAAACUUUCGAUGGAGGUUAUGUUUCACUGAACUUAUUGUAAGUUGAAAAUAUCGUUAGUUGAAUACGAAUAUGAUAAAUAAAUAGGCAAAUAAAUUUCUAUCACUUAAUAGAUAAUUACUGUAACUAACUAAAUGCCAGUAUUGAAAAGUAAAUAAAUAAACACAAAUUUAUCCUAUCAAUAAAUAUACAGUACUGUACAAUUCAAAACUAAAUUUGAAUGUGCAUUGCUAUCGCACCAUCGUACAGGCGCUCCUCGUAAAGCAAGGAGCAUCUGUACUAAUGUUGGGUCUUCAUAUGAUAAGUUCAGUUGAAAUGCAGUUGAAUCACCAUAAAAGAAAAUAUAAUUGAAGCACAGUUGAACUUUCAAUAGAGAGAAAUACACUUGAAGCAAGGUCGGUUCUUCACUGUACCUUAACACAUUCACCCAGAACUCCGUCCAUCAUGUGAUAAACACUUUAUACAUAAUGUAAACAUUCACACAUGCUGUACACAUAUACAUGUACAUACAUACAUACGUCCAUAUAUACUGUACUUGGUGUGUGUGUGUGCGAGUGUUUUAUCUUGUUUUAUUAAACAGUAAUAAAAUAAAACUUCAUUUACUGAAUAAAAUCUUUUAAAAUUUUA